AUGUAUGGUCUUGCAAGACGAUUACAAAUAAAAACUAUUGGUUUACAUGAAGAUAACGAAUUGCAACGUUCCGAUGAUUCAAGCGUAGACUCAGAUGCAAGUAAACGUCAUCAUCGUUCACUAGACUCUGUUGGCGAAUAUUCAAAAGACAAAGAUAUUGGCAAAAAGAGUGUAUAUCAGCUCGAUAUUUUAUCAAAACCACGCAUUCGUGCUAUGUUAUUAACGCAACCAAUGACUUCAUCAAAUAGUACAAACGAUAGUGCAUAUGAAGAUGUAGUUAUGCUAUAUCUACAUUUAAAAUCAUCAUUCAAUUUAACAAAUACUAAUGCUACAACGACGAAUGAUAAUAAAAGUAAAUUUCGUCGAGUAAAAAUGUAUGCAGUUAUGGAAAAUUCUUCAUCUUCAGCUCCUACUAUUAUUGGCAUUAAUGAAGAUGUAAAUAAUUACUAUGAAAGUUUUAAAACGAUAAAAAAAUUAACACAUCUUCACCAAGAAUGA